CUUAUUCAUUCUCUUGCCAACCCACGAACUCUUGCAUAAACAACCCAGAGAGAGGACAGACAGCUUACAAGGGACACAAAAUAAGCCUCCAAACCUUCGGUUUUUCCUGUAAAGAUGAGCAGGAUUGCUGGAGUUUUACGGCGUACGUUUGGACUAGUACGCGAGCAUGUCGGGACAGAUACUUUGGGGAAUAAAUAUUACUCUGUUCCAGAACAGAAGACAUGGACAGGCAGGCUGGUCCGUGCCAAGCGGAUGGUAGUGGCAGCCAAUCCUACAGAAUUUGAAUAUAUAGAAGGCAGCAUACCGAUGGAGUGGGACGCUUGGAUCCGAGGCAGACGGAAAGAGCCCCCCUCCGUUGAGGAGCUGCUAAAGAAUGAGUCUUAUAGGGAGCAGAUCAAACUAAAGGCCAAAGAGGUGGAGGAGAAAGAUCUGGUCCUACUGGCCAAGGAGUAUGAGGAAGGUCUGGUGGCGACUCCUACGAAGACUCUGGCUAAGGGGCAUGCAGCCUCCACCAGCUUUGGCAAGGAGGAGAUCAGUGAAGAACCCACCAGCACUGCAAACACCUUCCAGCCUGGAUCCUGGAUGCCCAAUCCCAAGAAAUAGACUGACACUUCCACAUACACUGAAACUGCUACACAAUGUAAUACAAUCCAAAAGAAAAGCCCUGCAAUAAACACAAACUAUGUGAACCUGAUAUUCCCUUUUAGUUGAGAUUUUGAAAUGUAAUGUUAGAAGCACCUUUUUACUGUAAUGUAAUGUAAUGUAAUGCAAUUAAAGUCAACACCACAAACUAUGACCUCAGAAUUUACCAAAGUUUAAUCAAUUCCUCUAUGUUUCACAGAGGAGAUAUUUAUUUCAAGGCUUUUUUAUUGGACUGUAUUACAUUAUGAGUUCUUAUUUUUCUAGUCCCUCUGUGUAUAUUGUAUACACACAAGACAAUAGGUAUCGCUCAUCUUGAAGCUGACUAUAAGGGAGAGGUCUGUUCACAAAGCAAAGAAAAUCAAAUAGUUCUUCUUCAGUUGUCAAUGAGUAUACCAAUUACUAAUACACUGUAUUAUGCUAGAUAUUGUGAGAAAUUAUUUCAAAUAUUAAAUGUUUUAUAUUCAAGCUGAUCAGAACAGACCUCAAGUAUGACCAAAGAUAUAGUGCAGUCAUUUUAAAUAUCUCUGAGAGCAUUCUUUGACAUCUAAAGAUGAAAAGUAUUACUUAUUGAGGGAACAUGUGAAAGAGCAUAUGUUUGAUCUUGUCGGAAAAUGGAGAUAACAUCACUGUUAACUGAACUUUGGCCUCAGCUAAGGCCUGAAGAUGGUGCCAUGAAGCUGUGCUUGUGGUGAAUACUGUUAGUGUUUGUUUGUCAUGGAGGUGGUGUCUGCUUCUUGUAAAUCAUGCGUGAAAAGAAUGAAUAAUGUUACAGUUUGUUGAUCCUCAGUUUGAAUUUCUUCACUUAAGGUCAGAGUUCAUGUUGGUCACAAGAGUUGCUGAAGAAAGUUCAGCAGGGCACAAAAAAGGCAACAUGAACUUGGAUCCUGCAAUUUAAAACAUGGUCUCCCAAUUCAAUAAAUGUUAAAUGUUCUCACUGAACCUAGGGAGGAAUAUCUUUUUAAGAGAAAGAAGAGGGGAUAUGAAGAAAUGUGUUCCUCUGUAUCUUAAAUAAUGUUUUAACUGCUUCAAUACAUGAAUUACAGCACCUAUCCAUUCAACUGACCUUUUGAAUGUUUUAAUAUUUUAAACUGAGUCACAGUGGAUGUAAUUAGUUUGUAAUACUAAUAAAUAAAAAUCAGUCUAAAUUAAGAACAUACAGUAAGCUAUAUAAAAUGCAACAUAAUUGACUGCAGAUCAAUAAACUCUGGCCGAAACAA